AUAUUAGUCAUUUCGUUGCGGAAUCAACUCUCAUCGUUCUAUUCGAAUGCGAAGAAGGGGAACAAUUUCCAUAGAAAGAAACGAUACUCUCGCCAUCAUCGACAUCCGCUUCCUUCUCUCAAAACUUCCGAACUUCCUUUCUUUUGUUCUCUUGAAGCCACCACCGCCACCAUCAUCUUCGUUGCUUCUUCUUCUACUUCUUCCAUUUCGGGUUUGAUAUGGGUGCCGAGGUUAAGAUCUGGAAUCCCGUGGAAGUAGCAGAGCAAGCCCGCAAAGACUAUGCCUCGCAGAUUCAUUCUUCUCAGCUCAUCAUUGACCCUUCGCUCUCUUUCUCUCAAAUGAAGCCUCUGAUCAUCAAGUUGUGUAAGGAUAUGUUCAAGGAUUGGUCAAAUUUGGAUGAUUCUUGCUUUGAUGUUGAUAAAAUAUCUGGAGGCAUAACAAAUUUGCUACUCAAGGUUAGAGUUAAGGACGGAAAUUCUGUUGAUGACAUUAUUACAAUCAGACUGUAUGGACCAAACACUGAGCACAUUAUUGAUCGUCACAGGGAGUUGCAGGCUACCAAAUACAUCACAUCUGCAGGAUUUGGUGCUAAGUGGCUUGGAAUUUUUGGAAAUGGCAUGGUGCAAUCUUUUAUAAAUGCACAUACUCUCAGCCCAUCAGAUAUGCGGGAGCCAAAGUUGGCUGCUAAAAUAGCAAAUGCAUUGAGAAGAUUUCAUCAUUUGGAAGUUCCUGGUUCUAGGGAACCCCAAUUAUGGAAUGAUGUUUGGAAGUUCUUUGAGAAAGCUUCCACUCUAAAGUUUGAUGAUAGCGAAAAGCAAAAGGCUUAUGAUACUAUUUCAUUCAAGGAAGUUCACAAUGAAAUUGUUGAACUGCAGGAGUUGACUGACUGUCUCAAUUCUCCAGUCAUCUUUUCUCACAAUGACUUGCUUUCUGGAAAUAUAAUGGUUAAUGCUGAAGAAGAUAAAGUUUACAUCAUUGAUUAUGAAUAUGCCUCGUACAACUACAGAGGCUUCGACAUUGGAAACCACUUUGCAGAAUAUGCUGGCUUUGAUUGUGAUUUUGAGUUGUACCCAAACAUGAAUCAACAAUACCAUUUCUUCAGGCAUUACAUACAACCUGACAGACCAAAUGAGGUUUCUGAGAAAGAUCUUGAAACAUUUUAUGUUGAGGCAAAUACAUAUGCAUUGGCUUCGCACCUUUUCUGGUCUUUGUGGGGGAUAAUUCAGGCAAGGAUGUCGCCAAUCGAUUUUGAUUAUCUUGGUUACUUUUUUCUUCGAUACAAUGAAUACAAAAGGCGGAAAGAAAGUUUUAUGUCGAUGGCGCGAUCCUAUAUUUCUGGUGGCAAGAAUAAAUAGAAUAUGCUUAAUCAGCCACAAAUGUACCCCCCCCCUCUUUUCUUUUUUGCUUUUUCUUUACUUUUUCAGUCAAAUUUGUUGUACGAUGAGGCUCCAGAGUCCAGAGCCAUGUAGUUCAUUAUUUUUGUAAAAUAUCUUGUGUAGCUGCUGAUGAGAAUAAUGGCAAUUUUGUGCGUCUAGUUUGAGCUUUAUAGGCUCUUUGCUUUUUCAUGUAGUCCUGUUACUCUUGCUUUCUGUAUGUUAUUCUUUCUCCUUUAGUCUUCUACAGUGACAUUAACACAUUUUUUUGGCUGUUAGUGCAGUCCUUAUUGUUUGUUGUAAGAAAUAACAUUUAACAGCAGUAGAAAGAACUAUUGAUA